AUGACGACGCUCAAGAUCUUGUGGAAAGAAAAGCAGGACAUGCGUCGUGUACAGAUCAUAGCGGUCCACCAGACGCUCAAGUCAUGUGAUGGCCGCUCUUCUGCUAACGCCAACGCGUUGAGCUUCCAUGAUCUCCACGAUUACGUUCUCUUGAUCUUUCCAGAGCUUAAGGGGUGUGAGCUGCUUCUUUACUAUAUGGACGACGACGAUGAACAGGUUCGUAUCUCUAACGAUGCAGAACUGGACGAGGCCUUUCGACUCAUGCGCGAGUUGGCCGUGGCGGCUGGCAAGAACGCGGAUAACGCUGUGUGCAAGAUCAUUGUCGUGGUCAAGUCGCUACAGGCCUCGGCCAGCGUAGGCAUGGAUGCUGUGGACAAUGUACUACCUUGUAAUGCAGAGGAGAUGCUGGCUAUACAGCAGAAAAAGAAAAUGUCGAAUCUGUUUGUGGAUCUUGUCAAGGUAGUCGAGAAAUGGAGUGCUAGUAGUGCUGAGCAUCAGAUGUUGAAGAGAGAUUUAGUGUCAUUGUUGCACGAGCCUGGAUGCCAAGAGGCAUUAAUGGAAGUUAUGGCCAAUUCAAAGUUUCAGUCGGUAACAGAAGAGUUUAAGAAGAAUGGCAAUUUCAUGGAGUGUAUGGUCGCUGUGGCUGGCACUGGAGGCGUGGAAGAAGUCGCCAAGAUUUUGCUGGCCAAGUGUCCCAAUGCCCGCGUGCAGGUAGAGCGAGUACUGCAGCAAGUGCAGUAUAGUCACAACGCACAGCUUAUGUCGGCCAGUGACUUCUUUGAGACGAUAAACAUUGAAGAGACCAAGCAGGAUUUGGGCCCGGUUGUAGCGGUGUUUGAAGGUGAUGUCACAUGCCCAGACGGCACAGUACUGGCGCCGGGAGAGGCCUUUGACAAGGUGUGGAAGUUACGCAACGGUGGCCCCAAUAAGUGGCCUGUUGGAGCUGUCCUUUCGUGCGUCGGUGGCGACAAAAUGCAAGCGCCUGAGAGUGUACUGAUUCCAUCGGUUUUACCCGGCAAGUCUAUUGAUGUAUCGCUGCGCAUGGUAGCACCGGCAAAGGCUGGUCGGUACACUGGUUACUGGCGUUUGAGCACUGCUGACGGCAAUCGAUUUGGGCAGCGCCUAUGGGUGGAUAUUAACGUGAUGGACCCGGAAGAACCUUCCACCAUUCUUACCGGCACGACGGGGAUUCGUGUUGAUGCUCCUGUAGCGGCCGUUGUUUUAGCGGACGACAAAACAUCGACCGUCUCGGCACCUGCUACAGUGGUGACGGCCGAGCCUAAGGAGGAUCCUCGAUGGUCAAACGAGCUUCAGGUUCUGGCUGACAUGGGCUUUACGGACGAUACGCGCAACGUGGCUCUUCUGUCACAAUACAACGGCGACAUGGAAGCUGUCAUUACAGGACUGCUGAGCUCUGCUUGA